AUGCGUCUGCUCCACACCGAUACACUCGAAAUCAGCCAAUUCCACCAGAUCCCGCCAUACGCCAUCCUCUCGCACACCUGGGGAGAUGAUGGUGAGGACGUGACCUAUGAGGACAUCAGAGACAAGGUUCUCACGACAGGAAAACCAGGAUACAGCAAAAUCAAGAACACAUGUUUGCGAGCCGCUGAAGAUGGGUUGGACCAUGUCUGGAUUGACAGCUGCUGUAUUGAUAAAUCUAGCAGUGCAGAAUUAUCGGAAGCGCUGAAUUCAAUGUACGCUUGGUACCAGGAAGCAGAAGUAUGCUAUGUCUACUUGGUCGAUGUGCCACACGGGUCUGACCGGAGUGUGAUUUCGAAAAGCAGAUGGUUCACUAGAGGAUGGACACUGCAGGAGCUGAUCGCCCCGUCGGAUGUGAUUUUUCUGGAUAACGAGUGGCGUGAGAUCGGGACCAAGUCUGACUUGCGGGAGGUAAUAUCUGAGAUUACUGGAAUUCCGGUUAAUAUCCUCCUGGGCGAUGAUCCAGGUCAAGCCAGCAUCGCCCAGCGGAUGUCCUGGGCGGCAAGUAGGGUGACAAAAAGGAUUGAAGAUCGUGCUUAUUCGCUCAUGGGUCUCUUCGGAGUCAACAUGCCUAUGCUCUAUGGAGAACGAGAGAGAGCAUUCAUCAGACUCCAGGAAGAGAUCAUGAAGGCUUCAAACGAUCACAGCAUCUUCGCAUGGAUGUCCCCUGAGACUAACAGCGGUCCUUUGGCAAGCUCUCCAAAUGCAUUUGCCGACUCCCGAGAUAUCGUCCUAGUCGAUGCGUUAAAUACAUUCGACAACCACGCAACAGUGACUAGUCAAGGAAUUCAAUUGACGGUUCCAUUUAUGGGGGUAGGACAAGAGGCGGUGGGUCUCGCUAUGCUCAAUUGUGCAAGGAGCAGCAGACCAGGCUGGUUCAUCGCAAUCUACUUGCGAGAUAUAUCAUUGACAAUGCGGAAUUUCGAACGAGUUCGGUGCGAAGAGCUCAAACUGGUAAAUCCAAAGAGCUUCAACCCACUUAUCUACCCAUCUCGCGAGAUGUAUAUACGGAACAACCGCCCAAAGAUAAAGGUGAUACCUGAACGUUCAGAGAUAUGUGUGCUUGACUUGCAGGGAAUACGUACCAACAACCUUCACUUUCAUGCCGCAUGGGAGUUGUCUAAUGGGACACUCGCAGCUGCUAUUCCUAAGAUAGAUGAUACAAUAUGUGGUCGAAUACUUGUGUCGUCUACUGAUGGGGCUUGGUCCCGAAUCUUGCUGAGGCGAAGUGAAGGACGCCUUUCUGCAGAGGUCUCGUCUAUCGAGCCGCAACGACAGAGCGAGACGGGUGAUAUAACGCAAAGAGUCUCAAGUCAAAAGCGAUUAUCUGUUGCGAUUCAAAAGAAAUUACGGCAGAAUAAUCUCUUUUGGACAGUGCGGAUCGGUCAUGCGCCUCCAGAAUGUGACCCCUACGAAGGAAUACAGUUCAGCCAAAUGAUGGUGCUAGAUAGAGCAUCUGAAGACGAAGAACUCUUAUUUGCCGCAAGUCAUGGUGUUGAGCAGAUCGUCAAGCUUCUCAUUGCUCAGAAGGAUGUAAAGAUGAACUGCAAAGAUUCCUUGGGGGCGUUAAUUGCACGUGCUGCAGAAGGGGGCCACCUCAACGUUGUCAGGCUACUACUUGAGAUUGGUGCCCAGCCAGAGUCUUUUGACAUUGAGAGACGCAGUCCAAUUCAUUAUGCCGCGGCAAAUGGCCAUACGGAUAUUGUCAGUUUAUUGCUGGCUCGAGGGGUGAAUGUCAACUUAAAGGAUAAGGAUCUGUGGACCCCGCUGGCCCAUGCAGCAGCGAGAGGACAGGAUUUGAUGGUGCAGCUUUUCCUCAGCCGCUCGGACACCAGUAUAGAUAUACAUGACAAGUACAGGCGCACUCCACUACUGCAAGCGGCACGAGAAGGUCAUGUCGAGAUUGUCAAAAUGCUUCUCGGGUCUGGGAGUGAUCCGAACUCUGAAGACCAGGAUGGCAUGACUCCGCUAUUAUUUGCAGCACGCAAUGGACACGAGGUCAUUUUGAAGGAGCUUUUCAACACAGGAAAAGUUCACAUCAACUUGGCGGGUGAGAAAGGGAGGCCUUUGCUACAGCUAGCAGCUGAAAAUGGCAGAACAGAAGUCUUGCGUAUGCUGUUCGCGACAGGGAAAGCUGAUCCUCUGUUUCAUAGGGCGAAGCUUAGUGGUCUGCCACUCCAGCUAGCAGCAAAGCAUGGCCAUGCAUCCGUGAUAAGAGAGCUGCUUGAUACUCAGCCUUUGGAUCGAAAAGAUGGAGCUGGACUACUACAAGUAGCUGCAAGCAAUGGGCAUGCCGCAGUAGUACGGGAGCUUCUGGCCACGAAAGGAAUCAUUAUGCAUACCAGAUACGAAAACGAAAACACAUUGUUGCAUCUAGCAGCUGAAAAUGGACACAAAGACGUGGUUAAAGAGCUCCUCACGGACAUAAGAGUCGAUCCCGAUUCCAAGAAUAAAGAGGGAAAAACGCCCCUCCACGCAGCUGCAAGACACAGCCAUAUCGAAGUCAUUCAGGAGCUACUUGCAACCGGAAGGACUUACGCAGACUGCAAGGAUAAUGUUGGAAUGACUCCUCUGCAAUUAGCGGCUUGUCAUGGGAAUCAAUGGGUGGUUUGGCUGCUGCUGAUCAGAAAAGAUGUUGAUGCCAAUUAUGAGCAUUCACGAGGAAUGACACCCUUGCGCUUAGCAGCAAAAAACGGGCACGCCGCGGUUACGCGUCUACUACUUGCUAUAGGCAUGGUUGACGCGGAUGUCCAAGACUUGGAGGGGAAAACACCAUUCUGGUGUGCGGUGGUGUAUGGUCAUCACAAGGUCAUAAGGGAAUUUCUUAAGGUCGGGAAAGGUGACUUAGACUCCACAGACGGCAGCCGAUAUCCAGCAGUAUGGCACGCAGCGCUGUAUGGAAAGGCAGCGGUCUUUGAAGAGUUACUCAAUGUGGGAGAGGUGAACUUGGAGUCCACACCAGCUUCAAAAUGGACAUUACUCCAUCUUGCAGUGAUCCAUGGUCGGAAAUAUUCCGUGGAGUUAUUGCUUACAAAGGCCAAAGUUAACCCGCAACCAGAGGAUAACGAGAAGAAAACACCAUUAUGGUUUGCCGCAAAUCUUGGCCACUAUGAGAUAGUCGAAGACCUUCUUGAAAUUGGCAAAUGCAACCCAAGCUGUGAGGACAAAGAUAAAACGACGCCACUGCAUAUGGCAGCAGCCAAAGGACAUAAGGAAAUAGUGAGGAAGCUACUUGCGACAGGUCAAGUUAACCCAUGGGCAAAGGACAGUGCUGGGAAGACUCCGAUCAGCUUGGCAAAACGCAAUGGCUUCCGUGGAAUUGUGGAGGAGUUCUCUAGAAUAGACACAGCUGGUCCACGAUAUGAAAACAGUGGAAAUACUUCAUUGUCACGGCAGGUCAGUGAAGAUAAGCACCAGGAAGUCAUGGAAAAGCCGCUCGAGACAAACAUGGCAAAUGCUGUAGGAAAGAGGAUGCUGAUACGGAACAUCUUUAACAAGAACAAAAAAUGA